AUGGCUGAAGAAGUUGCCAUGGCAGACACUGAGACCUUUGCUUUCCAGGAAGAAAUCAACCAGCUUUUGAGUUUGAUCAUCAACACCUUUUACAGCAACAAGGAGAUCUUCCUUCGUGAGCUCAUCAACAAUGCCUCUGAUGCAUUGGACAAGAUUUGGUUCGAGAGCUUGACUGACAAGAGCAAGCUCGACUCUCAGCCUGAGCUUGUUAUUAGGAUUGUCCCUGACAAGUCCAAUUGGACCCUCUCCAUCAUUGACACUGGCGUUGGCAUGACCAAAUCAGAUUUAGUAAACAACUUGGGGACAAUUGCAAGGUCUGGGACAAAGGAGUUUAUGGAGGCAUUGCACGUAGGGGCUGAUAUGAGCAUGAUUGGGCAGCUAGGUGUGGGUUUCUACUUUGCUUAUUUGGAGGCAGAUAGGGUGAUUAUGACCACAAAGCACAAUGAUGAUGAGCAGUAUGUGUGGGAGUCUCAGGCUGGUGGUUCUUUCACCAUCAGAAAGGAUGUUGAUGGAGAACCGCUUGGUAGAAGGACCAAGGUCACUUUCUUCCUCAAGGAAGACCAAUUGGAAUUCUUGGAAGAGAGGAAGCUCAAGAAGAUGGUCAAGAAGCACUCUAAGUUCAUAAGCUACCCUAUUUAUUUAUUGGUUGAGAAGAUUGUUGAGAAAGAGAUCAGUGAUGAUGGGCAUGAAGAUAGUGGGGAGGCUAAGAAGAAAGAAGGAGAGGGGGAGGUUGAGGAGGUGGAUGAGGAGAAGGACAAAGAAAGGAAGCCCAAGAAGAAGAAGGUUAAAGAGGUGAGAAAUGAGUGGGAGCUCAUCAACAAGCAGAAGCCAAUUUGGCUGAGAAAGCCUGAUGAGGUUUCAAAUGAGGAGUAUGCUUCUUUCUACAAGAGCCUUACCAAUGAUUGGGAAGACCCUCUUGAUUGGAAGCACUUCUCUGUUGAAGGCCAGCUUGAAUUCACAGCCAUUCUCUUUGUUCCUAAAAGAGCCCCCUUUGACCUCUUUGACACAAGGAAGAAGAUGAGCAACAUCAAGCUAUAUGUGAGGAGGGUGUUUAUCAUGGACAACUGUGAGGAGCUCAUGCCCAAGUACCUCGUGUUUGUGAAGGGUGUUGUGGAUUCGGAUGAUCUGCCACUUAACAUUUCUCGUGAAAUGCUGCAGCAGAACAAGAUUCUCAAGGUUAUUAGGAAGAAUUUGGUGAAGAAGUGCAUUGAGUUGUUCAAUGAGAUUGUAGAGAAUAAAGAAGACUAUCUCAAGUUUUAUGAGGUUUUCUCUAAAAACCUCAAGUUGGGAAUCCAUAAGGACAACCAAAAUAGGGGUAAGUUGGCUGAUUUGCUCAGGUACCACUCCACAAAGAGUGGUGAUGAGAUGACCAGCUUGAAGGACUAUGUCACAAGGAUGAAGGAGGGCCAAAAUGAAAUUUACUACAUAACUGGUGAGAGCAAUAAGGCAAUCGAGAACUCGCCCUUCUUGGAGAGGCUCAAGAAGAAAGGGUAUGAAGUGAUCUUUAUGGUUAAUGCCAUUGAUGAGUAUGUUGUUGGGCAACUGAAGGAGUAUGAUGGGAAGAAGCUUGUCUCGGCAACCAAGGAAAGGCUUAAGCUUGAGGACGAAUCGGAGGAAGAGAAGAGGAAGAAGGAGGAGCAGAAACAGUCAUUUGAGAACUUGUGCAAGACAAUGAAGGACAUUCUUAGGGAUAUAGUAGAGAAGGUGGUGGUGUCUGAUAGAAUUGUGGAUUCACCUUGCUGCUUGGUGACUGGAGAAUAUGGGUGGACAGCGAACAUGGAGAGGAUCAUGAAGGCUCAGGCAUUGAGGGACAACAUCAUUAGUUACAUGGCUAGCAAGAAGAUAAUGGAGAUCAACCCUGACAAUGGCAUAGUGGAGGAGCUGAGGAAGAGGGCUGAUGUCAAUAAGAAUGACAAGUCGGUGAAGGAUAUCGUGAUGCUGCUCUUUGAGACUGUUCUCUUGACUUCUGGCUUUAGUCUUGAUGAUCCCAACACAUUUGCGGGGAGGAUUCAUAGGAUGUUGAAACUAGGUUUGAGCAUUGAUGAUGAUGAUCCCGGACUGGACGGCAAUGUCGACGUGCCACCAUUGGAGGAGAAUCAGAUGGAGGAGAGCCAGAUGGAGGAAGUCGACUAA